AUGAAACCAAAAACCCCUAAUGCUCAAUCUCCCAAAGCUCCAGCUGCUAAGACCCAAAGUAUUGUGAAGAAGUCAAAGAAGGAAUAUUACAAUACCAGAUACUCUUAUGGUAACUUUGAUCGGUAUUAUGGAACCCGUUUAGAUCCUGGUCAGAGUGAUGCUCGAUUGAAUAUAAUGAAAAAGGAAUGGUUCGAAAGACAGACUGUUCUAGAUAUCGGCUGCAACGUGGGGUUUCUCACUCUAUCUCUCGCAAGAGAUUUCCAACCCAGACGAAUUCUUGGAAUAGAUAUAGAUGAGCAUCUAAUUGGAGUAGCUCGGAAGAAUAUUCGUCAUUAUUGCGACAAAGACACCGAGUUCAAUGGCAAGUUCCCUGCUUCCUUCUGUAAUUCUUUCGGUCCUGUUUCACAGCAAUCAACAAACUUCAAAAAUAAAUUCCCAGAUAACGUGUGGUUCCGUAAGGAGAACUACGUUCUGGAAUCUGAUGAACUGCUUGAUACGGUAGUAGAAGAAUUUGAUGUGAUACUUGCCUUAUCAAUUACUAAAUGGAUACACCUGAAUUGGGGAGACGAUGGGAUGAGAAGGUUUUUCAGGCGGAUUUUCAAACAUUUGAGACCGGGAGGGAAGUUCAUACUUGAACCUCAGCCAUAUGAUUCCUACAGAAAGCGAUCGAAGAUGACGGAAACGCUGAAGAAGAAUUACGAUUCCAUCGAGUUCAAACCUGAUGACUUUGAAAUGUAUUUAUUAGAAGAGAUAGGAUUUGAGAAAGUGGAGCACUUGGGUGUGCCUUCAGCCAAAUCUAAAGGCUUCGAAAGACCGGUAGAUGUAUAUUUCAAAAAGCAACCCAAGUUUUUGACGAAAAAGCUCUUGAUCACCAACGAAGAUACUCCUGAAGCUCAGUCUCCGAUCGAUUCCAACCAGUAA